AUUUAGGCAUUUAUCCCGACACUAUAUAUAUUUAAAAAAGAUAAAUGGUUCUGUACUUUGUAGAUACAAUGCCUGCACGUUGCCAUAACCUAUGCAUACACCUACAGGCUGUGGCUCAGGUGGUAGAGCGGGUUGUCCACUAAUCGUAGGGUUGGUGGUUCGAUUCCCGGCCCACGUGACUCCACAUGCCGAAGUGUCCUUGGGCAAGAAACUGAACCCCAAGUCGCUCCUGAUGAUUACAGAUGUUUCAUCGUUCUUCUGACCGAGUGGAGAUGGUGGUGGAGAUCUAUGAGAGUGCAGACACUGUUAGAGGUCACGACCCCGACACAGAGAAGAAAGGCGGUGACACAAAGAAAGCCCCAGACACAGAUCCGAACACAGGAGGAGACACUGCAUGGAGCAGGUGUUACAGAGUGACUGUAGUGUGUGUGGUGCUGCUGUGUGUUCUCCUGCUGACCGCCGUCACGGUGCUGUGGAUCCGAUUCAACAACCUGACUACAGAAAACAACCAGUUACAGACCAGUUACAACACCCUGACUAUAGAGAGAGACCAGUUACAGACCAGUUACAACAACCUGACUAAAGAGAGAGACCAGUUACAGACCAGUUACAACAACCUGACUAAAGAGAGAGACCAGUUACAGACCAGUUACAACAACCGGACUAUAGAGAGAGACCAGUUACAGACCAGUUACAACAACCUGACUACAGAGAGAGAUCAGUUACAGACCAGUUACAACACCCUGACUAUAGAGAGAGACCAGUUACAGAGGGAGAUAGAUGGAUACCGGAGUACACUUCAACUGUGUUAUAAAGGGAGGUGUUUCAGCUUCAACUCCAGUUUUUACUACAUGUCUAAUGAUCGCAAGAACUGGGAGGAGAGCAGACAGGACUGCAGGGACAAAGGAGCAGACCUGGUGAUCAUAAACAGCAAGGAGGAACAGGUGUUCAUCGGUAAUCAGCUGGGCAGCAGUCAGGCUUGGAUUGGUCUGAGUGACGGAGCUGUAGAGCGAGACUGGAAAUGGGUGGACGGUACACCACUGACCACUGCGUACUGGGCUGAUGGAGAACCGAAUAAUGACGGUGAUGAGGACUGUGCUGAGAUGAUCAAUUCUCCAAAUGGGAAAUUAUGGAAUGACAGUAAAUGCUCUCAUGAAGCACUCUGGAUCUGUGAGAAACGUGUUGCUCAGUGAUGUCCACCAUUCUAGAAUGAAAAGCGCUUAUAGACAAAUUAAGUCAGAUAUAUAUAUAUAUAUAUAAAAAACUAUGAAAGCCACUAUUUUGAUGAUAAUUGUGUGCAUGUUCUUCAGAUUCAUUCACUGUAUCUCACAGAUCUGUAUUUCUUAUGAUUCUGAUGCAGUAACUUUGUAGAUGUGUUAUGAUGAAAGUAGUAUCAUAGAGAUAAUUCAUGUAUUUUAAGAGUCCAUCUCAGUGUCUCUGAAUCUGUUAAAUCAGCAUAAGCCUGAGCUCAAACAAGUUUGAAUUGAGAUGUAUUAAAUAGUUUUUGCUUCUAGAGUGGGGGACAUGAUGUGAAAUGACUAUAAAGGGGUUCAUUCCUGGUUUGCAGGUUCUUUUCUGCUCAAACUUGUAAGCUGAAUGCAGUUUAUGUAAAAAAACAACAACAAAAAAAACAACAAUGUUUAAAUAAACCUAUAUAUAUA